CAAUUAUGACUAUUAUUUGCUAUGAAACAUUUUGUGACAGUUGCCGAAGUGAAAGCAAUAAGUCAGGUCGUAAACGAGUCCGACUUAAAGCCCAUUGAUAAGCGCGAUCUUUUAGAAAACGAAAUCAGUGCACUUUAAUGUGAAGGACUUUGAGAAAAAGUGAAUUUUUUUAAUUAUGAAAUAUUACAAAUUCUGAGAAUUGUUGUAAACAAUAAAGUGGCACAAAAUAAUAACGAAAAACAAAAAUAUGUUUGAUGUAAAAUGAAUAUGUAAAUACCGUGAUAAGGGUACGUGCACUCUCUCUUAUUUAGUUAAACCGGCAUAUGAGAGUUGAUAGUGUUCACAGUAAUUGUAUAAAUUUCAUAUCAUCAUAGUUACAGCAAUUUUCAUGUUAUUAUGACAGUGUUAGGCAUUUAUUACGUUUAUUUGCCGUUUUUAAUAUUGCUUUGUAGUAAUGUGGCCAGAUCGGCGGAUGGCGAAAGCAACGUAUACACACUAGUUUUCGGCAGCGGAUCAACUAUAGCAGAUUUACAUAAGCAGAUCAAAAUUGUACGAGAAAGACUAAAAGAACAUCAUCAGAGUCUAAAUAAUCUGCAGCAAAACUAUGCAAAUCUACAGAAACGUUUUAUCAAUCUGGAGCAAACGCAAAAGCUGCAAAUUAAUGAUAAUUUAUUGUCGAACCUACAAAAAUUCAUCCAAACAAAACUCAGCGCACAGAGCCAAGAGCUGGUGCAAAAGCAAACUAACUACAAAAAGACACUACAGAACAUAUUGGAAAGGCAAAAUAAAUCAAUUAAGGAUGAAUUAAAGAAGUUCGAGACCAAAGUGCAAAAUGAACUGCAUAAAGAAGACGGCGCUGAAAAGCAGUUAUGCGGGCAAACACCAAUUGAAUUUUUGAAAAAUCUACGAAAUAAUAAAGAAGAGAUAAAAAAGUUACCGCCAGAAGCUAAUACAAUAUUAAGCGAUAUUUUAAAUAUAAUACAAAAUAGUGUGCCAGUUGCAUCCAACGAAGUUAAUUGGCCUUCGUAUGAAACAUUUCUGCCGUAUGGGGACGGCAAAGUCGUCGAAAUUAAUGCGAAGCCAGCAGCUGGUGUUGAGAUUGCAAACAGCUGCGACGACGCGUUGAAGUCAGCACAGGAUGCGGACGAAGCAGUUGACAGUAUUUUCGCUUUGAAUAUGACGAAAUAUAAUUUAGCCAAUAUGUAUGGUUAUUGCUUAAACGAUCCGAACGGUGACAGUGCGUGGUUGGUUAUACAGCGUCGUAUUGAUGGUGAAUUAUCAUUCAACCGCAAUUGGCAGGAGUACAAAAUGGGUUUUGGCAAUUUAGCUGGUAGCUUUUUUAUUGGACUUGAGCGUUUACAUAAAAUACUACGGAACUCGCAUGCCCAACUAUGGAUACAAUUGGGCACAGAGUAUGUGGAAAGUCCUUAUAGAAUCUAUAAUAGCUUUUCUAUAGCCAAUGAAGAGGAUAAAUAUCGCUUAACAUCGGUGUUUAUAAAUGAUGACACUGAUGAUGAUCUGGUCGACGCAAUAGAUUGCAGUUUUCAAACAUAUGAUGUCAAGAGCAAUGACAAUAAUUGCGCUAAAACAAUGCAAGGUGGCUGGUGGUAUGAUGAGAAAAGUAAGGAACUUAAUUGCAGACCUGGGAAUUUGAAUGGAAAUCUUGAAGGUGUCAUUUGGAAUGAGGUUGAAAAAGUAGUUUACACUCAUAUGGCGAUAAGGCUUACUGAUCCUAGCAUAAAAGUGGUAAUUCGUCAGAAAGACUGAGAUGCCUGGCUGCUUAUAUACUCAUAUGUACAUUGUGUACGUUUUAGUAUUAAAUAUAGGAAUAUAGGUUUAGGGUAAUUUAAAAUAAUAUAUUUAAUAACAAAGUAGUAAAUGUAAUAUAUAUAAUAAAUAUAUAUGUAUUGCAAUAAAAAUAAAAAAACACAAACACAUUUAAAAUUCCAUAAUGAA